CUCCAUAUUUUGGCACUGUAAUUGACAGCCUAAUCAACAGCCUGGAAAGGGUGGUUAUAACCGCACUAAAAGGCUCGAGCUUGAUGGGUUUUUGUGGUGGGGUUCACGUAUUCUCAACUGGGUUUCUCUUUGGCACAGACCCAAUUCACUCUGCAGCAAAUUCUUUCCAUUUUGCUCUCCCAUUGAGGUAAGAGCUCUCAGAAAGCUCAAAUCUUUGUCUGUUUAUGUUGGAGAAUUUGAGGGGCGAGUUCAACUUUGCUCUGCACUUGAGCAAUGUUGGUAUUUAUGUCUUUUUUGGUAAUGCUAGGAUUUUACUACUUGGUUUUUAAUUGGCUUUUUGUGUAUUGAGUUGGAUAGAUCUGGGGUAGCUCAGUUUUUUGGGUUUUGGGUUUGAGUCAUUGGAGAACUGGGUUUUCGGCAUUUGGGAUUGUGAGGACUUGCUUUUGGCGAAUUGAGUAUUGUUGGAUUUGAGUUUUUAGAUCUUGGUUGAUUGAUUGGGUUUGAUUGUGGCAGCUUUUCAAUUGCUGCUUGAGAAAGUUGGCAUUCUUUUCCUUCAUUUGCCGUUGAGGAUCUGGUUUUUUUGACAUGGUGAAGAUGAAACUAGUAAAGUUGGUACCUUUGGUUCUUGCUUUUGUAUUGCUUAUGAGUCUUAGAUCAUCUGCUUCAUUCACUCCUAUCGAUAACUACUUAAUUGCUUGCGGUUCUUCGAAAAGCAUCACAUUUCAAGGUCGAACCUUUGUUCCUGAUACACAACAAUCUUCCCUUGUACUAAAAAGUGCAAAUUCUGUAGUUGCUAGCUCCAAUUCUACUGUCCCUUCUCCAAUUUACCAAUCUGCUCGAGUUUUCGAGGUAGCAGCUUCUUACAAAUUCAAAAUCCAGCAAGAAGGCCGGCAUUGGGUCCGCCUUUAUUUUUACCCUCUUACAAGUCCUGGCCAAAACUUGGAGUCUGCUCAAUUCACUGUAGUUACUGAUCAUUUUGUACUCUUGACCAACUUCACUUUCAAGAACUAUAAUGGUUCUUAUCUGUUCAAGGAGUAUGCAAUCAAUGUAACUUCAGAUACCUUGACUCUCACCCUCAUUCCUUCAAACAAUUCAGUUGCUUUUGUUAAUGCAAUUGAAGUUGUAUCUAUCCCGGAUGCACUGCUCUCUGACCAGGCAUAUGCUGUGAAUCCAUCUGCUCCUUUUAGUGGCCUUUCUGACCUUGCCCUUCAAACAGUUUACCGGUUAAACAUGGGGGGUCCUUUGCUCACUGCUCAAAACGAUACCCUUGGAAGAACUUGGGAGAAUGAUCUGAAAUACCUUCAUGUGGACAGUUCUGCAGUGAAUGUAUCAGUCAACCCUGCGAGCAUUAAAUAUCCACAGGCUGUCACAGCCGAAAUCGCACCAAAUUGGGUCUAUGCGACUGCCGAAGCCAUGGGAAAUGCGAAUGUGCCCAAUGUGAACUUCAACAUAACUUGGGUCCUUACGGUUGAUCCAAAUUUCUUGUAUCUUGUUCGGGUGCAUUUCUGUGAUAUUGUCAGCAAGGCUCUGAAUAGUCUUGUUUUCAAUGUUUUCGUGAAUUCUGACAAUGUGCUCGCGAGUCUUGACCUCUCUUCCAUUACUGGUGACUUGGGUGUGCCUUAUUACAAAGACUAUGUGUCCAACUCCUCAGCGGGAACUUUGACUGUCAGUGUUGGUCCAGAUUCAAUGGCGGAUAUCACUAAUGCAAUUCUGAAUGGGUUGGAGGUCAUGAAGAUCAGCAAUGAGUUGGGGAGCUUGGAUGGGUCUCUAUCAGUGGGGAAUAUCCUUCCUAGUUCACCCUCGAAGAAGAAUAAUAUAGGAAUCAUAGUUGGUUCUGCUGUAGGAGCUGUAUCUGUUAUGGCAAUUAUUGGUCUCUUUUAUUGCUGCUUGGCAUUCCGCAAGUCAAAGAGUACUAACCAAGGGACAUGGCUGCCUUUGCCUUUGUAUGGAAAUUCUCAGACCAUGACAAAAAUGUCUACAACUUCACAAAAGAGUAACACAGCAAGCUGCAUUUCAUUAGCUUCCUCCAAUCUUGGCCGCUUCUUCAUGUUCCAGGAAAUUCUGGAUGCAACCAACAAGUUUGAUGAGAGCCUACUUCUUGGAGUUGGUGGUUUUGGUAGGGUUUACCAGGGAACACUUGAAGACGGGACAAAAGUAGCUGUUAAAAGAGGAAACCCGAGAUCUGAACAAGGUCUUGCUGAAUUCCGAACUGAAAUUGAAAUGUUAUCUAAGCUCCGCCAUCGCCACCUUGUGUCUCUGAUUGGCUACUGCGAUGAAAGGUCAGAAAUGAUUCUGGUCUAUGAGUACAUGGCCAAUGGACCCCUCAGGAGCCAUUUGUAUGGAACAGAUCUCCCAACCCUAUCAUGGAAGCUACGGCUCGAAAUCUGCAUUGGGGCUGCAAAGGGGCUCCAUUAUCUCCACACUGGUGCAGCUCAAAGCAUAAUUCACCGAGAUGUGAAGACAACCAAUAUUCUCUUGGAUGAGAACUUUGUAGCCAAAGUUGCUGACUUUGGCCUCUCAAAAACAGGUCCAGCUCUAGAUCAGACCCAUGUGAGUACAGCUGUUAAGGGUAGUUUUGGUUACCUUGAUCCUGAAUACUUUAGAAGGCAACAGCUCACAGAAAAAUCAGAUGUGUAUUCAUUUGGGGUAGUUCUAAUGGAAGUUCUGUGCACAAGACCUGCUUUGAAUCCUGUUCUUCCCAGGGAGCAGGUCAACAUAGCAGAAUGGGCGAUGACCUGGCAAAAGAAGGGCAUGCUAGACCAAAUCAUGGACCCAAAUCUGGUAGGGAAGGUAAAUCCAGCUUCUCUUAAGAAGUUUGGGGAGACAGCUGAGAAGUGCCUUGCUGAGUAUGGUGUUGACAGGCCAUCAAUGGGAGAUGUCUUGUGGAAUCUUGAAUAUGCUCUUCAGCUUGAGGAAACGUCAUCUGCACUCAUGGAACCUGAAGAUAACAGCACAAACCACAUACCUGGUAUCCAAUUAACUCCUCUUGAGCCAUUUGAUAACAGUGUGAGCAUGAUUGAUGGGGGGCACUCUGGCACAGAUGACGAUGGAGAAGAUGCUGCCACAAGUGCUGUGUUUUCUCAGCUUGUUAAUCCUCGCGGAAGAUGAGAAGACAGAUCAUUUGCCUGUCUGAGUCUUGGCCUCUAAUGUCCCAUUAAAAGAUACUAGUCAUCUUGGCCUUGAGAGUGCUCAGUGAGGGAACAAGGUUCUUUCUUAGUUCAUUAUUCUAGUUGUUGCCUCAAAUUUCUGUCUACGAUUUAUUUUGUAAUAUAGUUUUGGUGGGUGCCAAUUAAUCCAUCAGCAGUUAAGGUGCCAAAGGAUUUUAUUCUUGUCUACAUAUAUAAAUUCGUCUGGGUUUCAGAGCUUCCCAUGUUUCUACAAAA